AUGACAGCAUUAAUUGAAUGUUUAAUGAUCACUGGAAAACGCAACAACGUCAAUAAAAUUGAUCAGCAUAUUAAUGGAACCAGAAAAGAAAAAAUUGACCCAGAAGACAAGUUGGCAGCAUCGAUGAAAUUAAAAAUGUACUCGGAAGGCGAAAUUGAUAGAAUUAGACUAAGCACUAAACAGUUCCCUUCAAAAUUCGUGAACCUGAACAAUGAUGCCAACGAUGUCUAA